AAGAAGAAGAAGAAGCAGAAGCAGAACAGGAAACCAUGGAGAGCUAUCUGCAACAAAACUUUGGAGAUGUCAAGUCGAAGAACUCAUCGGAGGAGGCGCUCCAGCGAUGGAGGAAGCUCUGUGGAGUCGUUAAGAAUCCCAAGCGGAGGUUCCGAUUCACUGCCAACCUCUCCAAGCGUUACGAGGCCCAGGCUAUGCGACGUACGAACCAGGAGAAAUUGAGAGUGGCCGUUUUGGUAUCUAAAGCCGCACUUCAGUUUAUUCAUGGCAUUGCAUUAUCCAGCGAAUAUACAGUCCCUGAGGAAGUUAAAGCCGCAGGUUUUCAGAUUUGUGCUGAUGAAUUGGGGUCCAUUGUCGAAGGCCAUGAUGUAAAGAAGCUUAAAGUUCAUGGUGAGGUGGAGGGCAUAGCAAACAAACUGUCCACAUCAACAACUCAUGGGCUUACCACCUCUGAAGAUUCACUCAACUGCAGGCAACAGAUUUAUGGAAUCAACAAAUUCACUGAAAGCCAAUUACGGAGUUUCUGGGUUUUUGUAUGGGAAGCCCUUCAGGACAUGACUCUUAUGAUCCUUGCUGUGUGUGCUUUUGUGUCUUUGAUUGUUGGCAUAACAAUGGAAGGAUGGCCAAAGGGGGCUCAUGAUGGACUUGGAAUUGUUGCAAGCAUUCUGUUGGUUGUAUUUGUUACUGCAACAAGUGACUAUCGACAAUCUCUACAGUUCAAGGAUUUGGACAAGGAGAAGAAGAAGAUCACAAUGCAGGUUACAAGGAACGGGUACAGGCAAAAAAUUUCAAUAUAUGAUCUACUUCCCGGUGAUAUUGUGCAUCUGGCGAUUGGUGACCAGGUCCCAGCAGAUGGACUUUUUGUCUCGGGAUUCUCUGUGUUGAUAAAUGAAUCCAGUUUAACAGGAGAGAGUGAGCCUGUGAUUGUGAAUGCUGCGAAUCCUUUUCUGCUGUCCGGUACCAAGGUUCAAGAUGGGUCGUGCAAGAUGCUCGUGACGACUGUAGGAAUGAACACUCAAUGGGGAAAAUUGAUGGCCACCCUUAGUGAAGGUGGAGAUGAUGAGACCCCAUUGCAGGUCAAACUGAAUGGAGUGGCAACCAUCAUUGGGAAGAUAGGCCUGUUCUUUGCUGUUGUGACUUUUGCAGUUUUGGUGCAAGGCCUCUUUAGCCACAAGCUGCGAGAGGGAACCCACUGGAGCUGGUCUGGAGAUGAUGCCCUGGAAAUGUUAGAAUACUUUGCUAUUGCAGUUACUAUCGUUGUGGUUGCAGUACCUGAGGGGCUGCCUUUGGCUGUCACGUUGAGCCUUGCCUUUGCCAUGAAGAAGAUGAUGAAUGACAAGGCACUUGUCCGUCAUCUUGCGGCCUGUGAGACAAUGGGUUCUGCCACAAGCAUCUGUAGUGACAAGACUGGCACACUAACUACCAACCACAUGACUGUUGUAAAAGCAUGCAUCUGUGGGAACAUCAAGGAAGUGAGCAGCUCUGGGGAGGCUCCUAGCUUAUGCUCCGGAGUCCCGGAUUCUGCUGUUGGGAUGCUUCUUCAAUCCAUUUUUAAUAACACUGGGGGGGAAAUUGUUAUUAACCAAGAUGGCAAACUUGAGAUUUUGGGAACACCGACUGAAACUGCUCUGUUGGAGUUUGGCUUGUCCCUUGGUGGAGAUUUUCAGGCAGAACGGCAAAAGUCCAAACUUGUAAAAGUUGAACCAUUCAAUUCUGUGAAGAAAAGAAUGGGGGUGGUGCUGGAGCUUCCUGAAGGAGGUCGCCGUGCUCACUGUAAAGGUGCUUCUGAAAUAAUUCUUGCUGCUUGUGACAAGGUCAUUGAUAAAAAUGGGGAAGUUGUUCCCCUUGAAGAAGAAUCCAUCAACCAUCUCAAGGAUACAAUUGAGCAGUUUGCCAGUGAAGCUCUUCGAACCCUAUGCCUUGGUUAUAUGGAAAUGGGAAAUGAGUAUUCUGAUAAGGAUCCUAUUCCAUUAACUGGGUAUACAUGCAUAGCAAUUGUGGGUAUCAAAGAUCCGGUCCGCCCUGGAGUAAGGGAUUCUGUUGCAAUUUGUAGGUCAGCUGGUAUUACUGUACGGAUGGUUACUGGGGACAACAUAAACACCGCGAAGGCAAUUGCUAGGGAAUGUGGGAUUCUAACUGAUGGAGGUAUAGCCAUUGAAGGUUCAGACUUUCGUGAAAAGAGUGACGAGGAAUUGCGUGAUCUAAUUCCAAAAAUUCAGGUGAUGGCUCGAUCUUCACCAAUGGAUAAGCAUACCUUGGUGAAACACUUGCGCACCACGUUUGAUGAAGUUGUUGCUGUGACUGGUGAUGGUACGAAUGAUGCUCCAGCACUUCAUGAAGCAGAUAUUGGACUUGCUAUGGGCAUUGCUGGAACUGAGGUGGCAAAAGAGAGUGCUGAUGUUAUCAUUCUGGACGACAAUUUCUCAACAAUCAUCACUGUGGCCAAAUGGGGACGAUCUGUUUAUAUAAACAUUCAAAAAUUUGUACAGUUCCAACUGACUGUUAAUGUGGUUGCCCUAAUUGUUAAUUUUACUUCGGCUUGUUUGACUGGAAGUGCCCCCCUCACUGCUGUUCAGCUUCUGUGGGUCAACAUGAUCAUGGAUACACUUGGAGCACUUGCACUUGCUACUGAGCCUCCUAAUGACGACUUAAUGAAAAGAUCACCGGUUGGGAAGAAAGGCAAUUUUAUCAGUAAUGUGAUGUGGAGGAAUAUCUUGGGGCAGUCUUUCUAUCAGUUCGUUGUAAUAUGGUAUCUUCAGACGCAAGGGAAAGCAUUAUUUCUUCUUGAGGGCCCCGAUUCUGAUCUGAUUCUAAACACACUGAUUUUUAAUUCGUUUGUCUUUUGUCAGGUUUUCAAUGAGAUAAGCUCCAGGGAGAUGGAGAGGAUAGAUGUUUUCAAAGGCAUACUAGAGAACUAUGUGUUUGUGGCUGUACUCACUUGCACAGUAGUCUUUCAAAUCAUAAUCAUUGAGUUUCUUGGUACAUUUGCGAACACUUCCCCCCUCACUUUGUCGCAGUGGUUUUUAAGUAUUUUCAUUGGGUUCCUUGGAAUGCCUGUCGCGGCUGCCGUUAAAAUGAUACCUGUUGGAUCUAAUUGAAAUUCAUAGAAGUUGAAUGUCACAAGGUGCGUUCAGGCGUUCUUUUUUGGAGGCUUUCAUGUAAACCAGUUUCAAGUUGUUCUUCUGUGACCAUCUGCAUCAUUUGAAAAGAUGGAUCUCGUCAAUCAUACUGAGCUUCUUUCUUUGUGAAUCUUUAGCUAAAUAGAACUUACUGCUUCAAGAUGUUAUCAAUUUUUUGGAAGCAUUGUCUAGAUUUUAUUGAAAUCUCGCAGAACUAUUCUAACACCAAACAGAGGACACCUUACUAUCAACCUUAAUUUUUUUCGUAGGAGGGGUAUGUAUCAUCAACCCAAUGAUGUAUUAAUUUUGUCUUCUAUAUUUUUUUUCUUUCUUUU